UUGAAAAAUCUAGAAGCUCAUCUGUCCUGUCGGGCUCUGCCUUCAAAAUAAAGUCAAAUACUUUUUUCGUUUUGCGAGUAACUAACAAAUUGAUUUGUAUUUUUGUGUGUGCCAAAUAUUAAAGCAAAUCGUCGAGUAAACAUGCCGCCAAAUAUCAAGGCCCAGGCCAAAACAGUGGCCGAGCUAACCGUCGAUUCGUUGGUGCCAGCGAAUGCAGCAGUAGAUGCAGAUGCAGGCGAGGAGGAGCCUUCCACCGACACCACCACCAACGGUGUGCUCUUCGAGGCAGAUGAGGGGAACCAGUGCUUCCAGAAGUGUGCCGAUGGCCGUAAAGUGACGCUCGUCUGGCGCAAUAUCCUGGCCUUUGGUUACUUACAUUUGGCCGCCCUCUAUGGCCUCUAUCUGUUGAUUACUUCGGCCAAAUGGGCAACAAUUGGUUUCGCCUUCGUGCUGUAUGUGUGCUCUGGACUUGGCAUAACUGCUGGCGCCCACCGCCUGUGGGCCCAUCGCUCGUACAAGGCCAAGUGGCCAUUGCGCUUGAUGUUGGUCAUCUUCAAUACGAUUGCAUUCCAGGAUGCCGCCUAUCACUGGGCCCGUGACCAUCGCGUGCACCACAAGUUCUCGGAGACCGAUGCCGAUCCGCACAAUGCCACCCGUGGCUUCUUCUUUUCACACAUUGGCUGGCUGCUGUGCAAGAAACAUCCGGAGGUAAAGGCCAAGGGCCAGGGCAUAGACCUAUCCGAUUUACGUGCCGAUCCCAUACUGAUGUUCCAGAAGCGCUAUUAUCUGUACCUGAUGCCGUUCGCUUGCUUUUUGUUGCCCACCAUGAUACCGAUUUACUUUUGGGAUGAGUCCAUUAUGAAUGCCUGGUUUGUGGCCACCAUGUUCCGUUGGUGCUUCAUCUUGAAUGUGACCUGGCUUGUCAACAGUGCUGCCCACAAGUUUGGCGGUCGCCCGUACGACCAAUUCAUUAGCCCUACUCAGAACAUAUCCGUUGCUGUUUUGGCUUUUGGCGAGGGCUGGCACAACUAUCAUCAUGUUUUCCCCUGGGACUACAAGACGGCUGAACUUGGCUUUUACUCCUUGAAUUUUACCACAUUCUUUAUUGAUUGCUUUUCAAAGAUUGGCUGGGCCUAUGACCUGAAGACCGUAUCGCCGGCCAUUAUCGAGAAGCGUGUGAAGCGCACUGGCGACGGCACUCACACCACCUGGGGCUGGGGCGACAAGGAUCAGCCAAAUGAGGAAAUCGAGGAGGCGAUUAUUAUACGCAAGAAAGCAGAUUAGACACAAUACACACAAACCAAAACGAAAAACAAAAAAACCAAACACAAAAUACAAAAAGCAUACAAUGCUAAUAAUGAGCGGCUUUAGCCGUCAAAUAACUACAAACAACAGAAGAAUUUAAACAAAAAGACACUAUUCCAGGCACCUGUUACAAAAACAAAUGGUCGAAUAUAUUUUAUUUUAUUUUUGUUAGUUAUUUACACUGAACAUAACUCUUGAUGUUUAUAAACGUAAAGGAAAUAUAUAUAUAUCUGGUUAUCAAAUGUA